CUGCUCAACUCCUCCUCCUGUCGGAUAAAAGCCCAGCCCGAGGCCACUCUGCUGCCUGCCCGUGCUGAGCCACCCAGCUCCUUGCCCGCCCUCACCAUGGCUAAGGGCUUCUACAUCUCCAAGCCCCUGGGCAUCCUGGGCAUCGUCCUGGGGGUGGCGGCCCUAUGCACCAUCAUCGCGCUGUCUGUGGUGUACUCCCAGGAGAAGAACAAGAACGCAGAGAACUCUGGCCCAGGGCACUCCACCACAAGUCCCACCUCGGCCGCCACAAGCCCCACCUCGGCCACCACCUUGGACCCAAACCAGCCAUGGAACCAAUACCGCCUGCCCACGACGCUGAUACCCGAGUCUUACAGUGUGACCCUGAGGCCCUACCUUACCCCCAACAGCCAGGGCCUGUACGUCUUCACGGGCAGGAGCACUGUCCGCUUCGUCUGCAAGCAGGCCACCAACCUCAUCAUCAUCCACAGCAAGAAGCUCAACUACACCACCGAGGUGGUCCUGCGGGGCAUAGGGGGCUCCCAGGCCCCUGCAAUUGACAGGAGGGACAUGGUUGCGCUUACUGAGUACAUGGUGCUGCAUCUGAAGGAGUCCCUGGUGGAGAACAACGUGUAUGAGCUGGACAGCCAGUUUGUAGGGGAGCUGGCCGACGACCUGGCCGGCUUCUACCGAAGCGAGUACAUGGAGGGGAACGUCAAAAAGGUGGUGGCUACGACACAGAUGCAGGCUGCGGAUGCCCGGAAGUCCUUCCCCUGCUUCGAUGAGCCUGCCAUGAAGGCCACGUUUAACAUCACCAUCAUUCAUCCCAGUAACCUCACUGCUCUGUCCAACAUGCCCCCCAAAGGUUCCUUUGCCCUCACUGGAGAGCCCGGCUGGAAUAUCACUGAGUUCGAAACCACUCCCAUUAUGUCCACUUACCUGCUGGCCUACAUUGUCAGUGAGUUCACCUCCGUGGAGGAGACAAGUACCAACGGCGUUCAGAUCCGCAUCUGGGCUCGACCCAAUGCAACCCUAGCAGGCCACAGCAAUUAUGCCCUGAGGGUGACUGGCCCCAUUCUGGACUUCUUUACCCAGCAUUAUAACACAUCCUACCCACUAUCAAAGUCUGACCAGAUUGCCUUGCCGGACUUCAACGCGGGAGCCAUGGAGAACUGGGGGCUGGUCACCUACCGGGAGAGCGCCUUGCUCUUCGACGAGCUGUCCUCUUCCAGCAGCAACAAAGAGCGGGUGGUCACCGUGAUUGCUCACGAGCUGGCCCACCAGUGGUUUGGGAACCUGGUUACAGUAGCCUGGUGGAAUGACUUGUGGCUGAACGAGGGCUUUGCCUCCUACGUGGAGUACCUGGGUGCUGACUUCGCAGAACCUACCUGGAACAUAAAAGACCUCAUGGUGCUGAAUGACGUGUAUCGAGUGAUGGCUGUGGAUGCGCUGGCCUCCUCCCACCCACUGUCCUCCCCAGCCAAUGAGGUCAACACACCAGCCCAGAUCAGUGAGGUGUUCGACUCCAUCUCCUAUAGCAAGGGAGCUUCAGUCCUCAGGAUGCUCUCCAACUUCCUGACCGAGGAUGUCUUCAAGAAGGGCCUGUCUACCUACCUGCACAAGUUUGCCUACAACAACACCAACUACCUGGACCUGUGGGAGCACCUGCAGAUGGCUGUAAACGAGAAUCCUACCCUCAACCUGCCCGCUUCCGUGCGCACCAUCAUGGACCGUUGGAUCCUGCAGAUGGGCUUCCCGGUCAUCACUGUGGAUACCAGCUUGGGGAAAAUCUCCCAGAAGCACUUCCUCCUGGACCCUGAGUCCAACGUCACCCGCCCCUCAGAGUUCAACUACCUGUGGAUAGCACCAAUAUCGUCCAUCAAAAGUCAGACACAGCAGGGCGUAUACUGGCUGAAUGGCACCAAGGAAGGAAGCAAUGCUGAGUGGCUGACUAGGGGCAUGUAUGGCUUGGCUUCUGGGGGCAGUGGGAGAGAGCCUGGGGAGCAAGUUCAUGGAGAAGUCAGGGCUGGCUUCCUGGAAGAGGCCAUCCCAGUCAUCAAUCGGGCCCAAGUCAUCCAUGACGCCUUCAACCUGGCCAGCGCCCAAAUAGUCUCGGUCACUCUGGCUCUGAACAACACCCUCUUCUUGGAGCAAGAGACGGAGUACAUGCCCUGGCAGGCCGCCCUGAGCAGCCUGAGCUACUUUAAGCUCAUGUUUGACCGCUCCGAAGUCUACGGCCCCAUGAAGAGAUACCUGAGAAAACAGGUCAAACCCCUCUUCGAGCACUUCAAAAACCUCACCGAUAAUUGGACUAAGCGCCCCCAAAGCCUGAUGGAACAGUACAAUGAGAUCAACGCCGUCAGCACGGCCUGCUCCAAUGGGCUUGAAGAGUGUCAGACCCUGGUCUCAGGCCUUUUUGCUGAUUGGAUGAAAAACCCGGAUAAUAACAAGAUUGAUCCCAACUUGCGGUCCACAGUCUACUGCAAUGCCAUCGCCCUGGGUGGGGAGAAUGAGUGGAACUUUGCCUGGGAGCAGUUCCGAAAGGCCACGCUGGUGACUGAGGCCGACAAACUCCGUUCAGCCCUGGCCUGUAGCAACCAGUUGUGGAUCCUGAACAGGUACCUGAGUUACACCCUGAACCCUGACCUCAUCCGGAAGCAAGAUACCACCUCCACCAUCAGCAGCAUUGCCAACAAUGUCAUUGGGCAAGAUCUGGUCUGGAACUUUGUCCGAAGCAACUGGAAGAAGCUCUUUGAAGAUUACGGCGGUGGCUCCUUCUCCUUCUCCAACCUCAUCGAGGCAGUGACUCGACGAUUCUCCACUGAGUAUGAGCUGCAGCAGCUGGAGCAGUUCAAGAAGGACAACAUGGACACCGGCUUUGGCUCAGGCACUCGGGCCCUGGAGCAAGCCCUGGAGAAGACGCGAGCCAACAUCAAAUGGGUGAACCGGAACAAGGAAGUGGUGCACAAGUGGUUCACAGACAACAGCCAAAACCUUAGUCCUUAAAGUCACCUGCCCUGUGUGUCAGUCCCAGCAGCCCACAUUCUUUUCACUCCAUUGGGGCUGGCCCCGCCCCUGAUGGCCGGGCUGUCCAAGCACCUCCUAGCCCUGCCUCAUGUGCCAACACUGCCCCAGUGCUAGCCUGGUGGCCCCGUGCCCAGGGCCCUGCGGCUGAUCUCAGGGAAAACCACCUCCAGGGCCAGAUGAGCGGCCUUCUCAUAAAGGACCUGAAGAAAGGCACCAGAUCUGUAUAUCUUUUUCUAAGAGAAAAUGUAAAUAAAGGAUUUCUAGAUGA